AUGGAUCCCGACGCGCAAUAUUGGCAACAAAUUGUGGGCACGAUGGAGGAGGAGAUGGUUCGGGACAAUAACAAGCAGAUGAUGGUUGCAUUGGGGUUGAUCGGCUUUGGGUACGCGGAGGCUAAGCGGCAGAAACCAAACCGUCUGUACAUGUGUUGGCCCCAAAUCCCUCCCAAUUCAUGUGUCAAUACACCCUGGAAAGCCAUGUACGUCAAUGGGAGCGAUCGCGCAUUCAUCACCACUAUGGGUAUUGACACAGACAUGUUCAGCCGGGAACGCUGUCGAACGAGGGAAGCACUAGACCGGUGUGCUGCGGACGGCGCUUGGUACAUCCAGAAGCACAACCAAGUGGUGCUCGACCAAGCGUUCCGAACUUCUCAGGAGACGAUCCUGUUCUUCAGCGUGAACAAAAGCGGCCAGUUCUACGGCUAUGCCAAAAUGAUGAGCCCAGUGGCACCGACUAUUUCCAUCGGACCUGAUCCCAUGGCAGACGACACGAAUGCGGGCGAUGAGUCUCCGGGCCUGGUCGUGCGAGUCACAACGCCUUAUUGUUUGGAGAACUCGAUCACGUUGGAGCCCGUCAGCAUCGAUCCCUCAGCCCCAGGCGAUCACCCCUGCCGACUUCGCAGCAAUCUGGGCCUGAUUCCCAGCAGUACGUCCAACCUGAGCCGGCUCACGUUCAACGACCCAGCGCUCAGUGAAGGACAACUGCGACCGGCGCCUGAGCUCAGCGGCCAGUUCACUGUCGAAUGGCUGUGCUGGGAGCCUCUACCCUUCAAACGCACGCGCGGCAUCAUCAACAGCUGGAAUCGAGGGCGUGAAAUCAAGAUCUCGAGGGACGGGACUGAACUCGAGCCGAGUGCUGGAGGGGCGCUGAUAGAGGUUUGGAAAUCGUGGCUUACCGAGCCUAGUCGUCACCGGCGCAGAUGA